AAUGUACCCUGAAUAUUAUGUUGGGUAACAAAAGUAGACCUAAACAAUAACCAAAAUAACAUCAUCUUACAAUCCUGUUGUACAAGAUGUUCCAAGAUAAAGAUUACCUAAUGAAAAUCCAAAAGAUUAUAUGUUAUCUGCUUACACAUCAUUAAUUCAUGUCAUUGACAUAACAUCAACAUCAUCAAUAUACAGAGUUGAUCCUUUCGCGAAAUAUCUUUGUUGUUGGACUAAUAUUAUAAAUUAAGCAGAAAUAAGUGCUAUAUAAGAGAGAACAAAAUGGAAACAUCCUAAUUUAAUUUGUUUUUUGUUUUAUUAGGAUUGCAGUGAUAAAUUUGCUCAAACAAAAGAAUUCAGAAUUUAUUAUGAAUAUCUACCUUUAGAUGUGAAAUAAUUAAUAGAAAAAAGAUCUCAAAAUAAUGAAUAUGUUCCUGAAGAAGAGAUAUGGAAAAUGAUUAUAGGUUUAUCAGAUGCAUUGUUAUUCUUAUAAAAAAAAGGAAUAUCCCAUUCUGCAUUGACACUUGAAUCAAUAUAUUUUGAUGAGGAAUACUUAUUAUAUAGAGUUUAAGACGUUAGUCCAUUUAGAGCAAAAGCGCCACAUCUUUUUAGCAAUGAAUUUUAACCUCCAGAAAAUUAAACAAAUUCAAAAUUAAAUAGAUUUAAACAUGAUGUUUUUGGUGUUGGGUAAUAAUUAAUACUAUUAUUUUUUAGUAUGAUAAUAUUAUCUUUAGCAUUAUUAAAAGAUUGCAAAGAUAUAUAUAAUUAAGGAGUGUUAUAAUGUGAUUAAUUAGAAGAUAAUCUUCAGAAAUUAGGAAAGUUGUAUCCAGGAAGAGUUGAAAAUGUUUUAAGAUCAAUGGUUGAUUUAGAUAAUGAAAAAAGACCUGAUUGGAUAGAGUUUUAACAAAUCCUUCAAUAAAAUAAAGAGAAAUAAAUUGGAUUAUCAGAAUAGUAGUCCAAUAUCAUUUAAUAAAUAGAUAAGUAAAAAUGUAAAAGAAAUUCAGAUUUAAAUAAUAAUAAUUAAGAAAAUAUGGAAAUAAAAAUUAAUAGUUAAAAAGGAGAUGGUUUAGAUUAAAAAUUAAUAAAUUUAAACAAAAGAAUAUAAGAAACUCUAUCAAAAAGUUUUAGUAAAAAUUUACGAUGA